ACUCAAUACUGUAUACUUUACUUCAAUUUGUGCAUGGCUCUGUGCGAUAACAUUCGAGUUGAUGCUUGUACUUCGGAAAUAUUCAUUCCACUCGGGAAACAAAUCCUAGCUUGAAUAUCAGCAUUUAGUCUUAAUCCAAAACAAGACUUACAAUGUCCUUUCUAUGGCUCCGAACAACGCCACAUUUUCCUACCCAGGGGCUACCGACUAUCUUCUCAGUAGCUCAUAUGGUCGUCUGAGGCACUCCUUCCCGGUAUGAUGAUAAGCACUCAAGUCCUGCUGCCCUUAUUGGGUUGACAGCGGCUUCUUCCACGUACAAUGAUAUGGGCAUCCUCGGUUUCUCUCGAUCAUGAAGUCCUGAAUUUCUGAUUCUUGUAAGAGCCUAAUUUGUGAAAAACCUUCCAGAGAUGUUUGCCGUCCAGCGAUUUGUUAAUGUACAUGACUCGGAAGUGAACGGAAUUCAGUACCACAGUAUACUGAAGGCUUGCCACUGGUAUGCGUACCUCCCGAGUUCAACCACAAGUUUAUAAGACAAUGGUUCUCACAAGCUGAUCAGCAUCACUCUACUUAAAAGAGUUAUCCCUUCUCGUCGUAGCCCGUCGCGUACAUCUUGACGAUAUGUGACGAGAAGCUGGCAUUCGAGCUUGAGGAUAUGGUGCUUGAAUAACGGCCGGAAAGGAUCGAACAAGAAGUCUUCCAAGAUCAGAACAGAUCCAUGCGCGGAACACUACUUAAACAAUCUUUAAAAACCAGCUACAGAGAGUUCACACCUGAGCACAAACAGUGGUACCAUAGGUUUUUGCCUUCGAACAACCGAAGGCUUGAUUGCUAGCACUUCUGUCUCAACAAACGAUUUUGUCCAAAUUCAGCUGAUGAAUGCCUGAUGCUCCAGUCUUUCCCAUGGUUGCUCUAGGCUUCUGCUGGAAGAGCGUUCUUUCUUGGAAAAGAUUUCAUCUGAGCCUGGCAGUAGAAGCAUGCUCGUCUUUUGCGACUACCAUCACGGGAUUGCGAAUCCGUGAGCUAUAUACUACGUCGAGCUUUCCCCUGAAUUUCGUCAUUCACUGGGUUGGAAGCAUCAGAGUACCACGGAGUGCUCUAUGGUUUAUGCAGCAUCGAGGCAGGAUUGCUUGCACAAGCAUGCUGAGCUGCUUGUCAACCGGUGUGGUGUCCUCUAACUGCUGUUUUAUCACCAGAUUCCAAGCAGGCAGGAGCUCGGGCAGUUAGGGGACCACCGGCUACAGAGAAGGGUGACCGCAUCCAUUUCGGAAGGGAGUAUUGAGCAAGAUGGCGAGCGUUUACUAGAAGCGCGUGGGCACCAGCAGCCAGCGGGAAGAAUGGACUCUCAUACUUUUCCGGCUGUGUUCAAUUUCAAGAGCAUGAAAGGAACAAGGACUCUACUCUUCCCGUUGGAUCAGCUUGCUUACUUGACUGGUUUCGGAUAUCCCAAAAUGAAUGACGAUUCUCAUGGUGUUGGCGACCAUCUUGACUUUGGCGUGGUGGUCGAUUCCCGGCAUAAAAGCUCAGGAAUACCCUUUCCACUUCGACUUUCAAUCAUUCGAUGCCAGCGAUCUCACUGCCUUCAGGUUUCUAGGAAAAGCAGAACUCGACACCGUGUCUAAAACUCUGGGGUUUUCAGAUCCAUCUGAUGUCACAUGCCAAACGAGUCCCUGCGCUGGUCAGGUUUUCUUCUCUCUGCCUGCCUAUUUUCUAAAUCCGAUUAGCAAUAAGACCUACUCCUUCAGUACCUCGUUCACCUUCUCCCUCUCAUCACCGAUGAGGCUUCGGACGGGUGACGGAUUCGUCUUCCUCCUGGCAGCCAGUCCCUCUCUAGUCCCGCUGGAAAAUGGAACCUUCGGAUGUUUCCCCCUCGCAGGCAAGACGGCAACCCCCAUAAUUGCUGUGGAGUAUGAUACUUCUCUGAGCACUUAUCUGCUCGAUAUGAAUGACAAUCACGUCGGUGUAAAUGUCAACUACGCUGACUCACUCCAGGCUCAAGAUGCAGGCGUUGUUGGCAUCAAGCUGGCCAGUGGGCUGCUGAUAACUUCGUGGAUUGAUUACCAUCACAUUCUCAAGAUACUGGAAGUGAGAUUGAGCUACUACGAAGCCGGAGGAAUCAAACCUUCCAACCCGCUUCUGAAAUUGCCUAUCGAUCUGUCCGGAACUUGGUCCCAAAAAAUGUUCGUGGGCUUCAGUACUCAAGUCUAUCAGGGCGCUGAGCAAGCUUGCCACAUCUACUCCUGGUCUUUCAAGACCUUCAUCGAAACUCAACUGCCUCCACCGCCUCCUGCACCACCACCACUUGCACCAGAAUAUAAUGACACCAAUGGAGGCAAUUCCACGACCUGGGCUCAGAGGACGGUCGAGUUGGGCAAACUAAUAGGGGUGGCAGUCGGAGCAUUUCUGGUAAUCGCCGGGCUGUGCGGUGCUAGUGUAGGAUUUGCUCAAUUUGGCUGCGCUGUGAUUGCAGAUCCUGCUGACAUCUUGAGUCCAGAGGAGAGUCUUCUUAUUGACACGAAACAGCCGGUGGAACGGGUUGAUACUCCUCCUGACCUUGAAGAGAACAUCCCCGCAGAGACUGACGUCUCUGCGAGCACUGAGAAGCCUGCAGAGCGCCGUUCAAUGGGAUUUGGGGACAUUAUGUUUACAAAUUCUAUGUAUGAUGUUCCCUCUGCAGAUGGUUCUUACAGUGGAGACCUUAUCACGGAGACCGCUGGUCUGGACUCCAUGGAGGUGGCGGAAGCUUCUCCCGCAGAUGGCACGGCUGAAGCUGAAGAAAACAGUGAAGGUACGGUAGACAGUACCAGAGCACCUCUACACGAGCAAGUCGCAACGCUUCUAGAAGCAGCUAGAGCUGGUGUUGAAGACGAAACGGAAGCUCCACGCUUCACUUUCAAGGAAUUGACUGAAGCCACAGACAACUUCAGCGAAAGCUUACAAUUAGGAGAAGGUAGAUACGGGGUGUUCUAUGGGGGUGUUCUUGCCAACGGCGUUCAAGUUGCAGUGAAGAAAUUCACUAGAGUGCAGAAGCAGGGCACGAGUGAAUUCAAAGCUGAAGUCUCGAUGCUUUAUCGUAUGCAGCAUCCUAAUUUGGUCAGCGUGCUUGGGUGGUGUAAGCACAAACGAGAGUAUUUCCUCGUUUACGACCUGAUCCCCAAUGGUAAUUUGAGUAGGGUUGUAUUUAACCCAGGUACUCUCCCUUGGGUGGAGAGGUUCAAAAUAAUUCAGAAUCUAGCAGAUGCCUUAGAAUACCUUCAUGAGGUACAUCACACUCCUCAUAGGAACGUGAAGUCCACCAAUAUCUUCUUGGCGGGUGACGAUGAAGCAUUACUGGGGGAUUUUGGAUUGGCCUGGUUGAUGGCCCGCGAUGAAGAGAAAGGAACCGCAGGAUAUGUUGCUCCUGAGGUUAGGAACACCCAGGAGCUGACACAGAUGACAGACUUGUAUUCCUUCGGAAUUGUUAGUCUGGAAAUUUUGUGUGAAAGGCCAGUAUUUGUAGAAUCGGCGGAGCCUGAAGCUCAACACCUGUUGGACUUGAUGUCUAAACUAGUUGUGUAUGGCACUUAUCGGCCCACAGUGUCAACAGGAGGGGAAACUAUGGACGGAGAAGAUGAUCCAUUGAUGACCUUGGUAGCUAAGCUGGGUCUGCUGUGCUGUGACCCGGAUCCACUGGCAAGGCCAUCCAUAAAACAAGUCGCUCAGUGUCUGACUGGGGAGAUUCCUUUCCCUCCUGUACCAAAACCACCCAGGAGACACACAACUACUCUGGAUUACACAAUUUCCACUACUGACCAAGCUAGAACAUCUGUUUCUACGGCUUCAAACACGAGCCGAAAAUUAACCUCCUCGACCACGGAUCCCACUACCUCUACAGAUAGAGCCCCGAGAUCCGAUAACAAGAGAGAAUCCGAUGCGGUAGUUUUAAGCUCGGAGCAGGAGUCACUUCCGGCAGGUACCGGCCUCACUCCAUCCUCUGAGAUAAAUGAAGGGAUUCCAUCCAAUUUGCCACAGGAAAAUGCACCAAGAGCCUCACUUGAUCCUGUAUUGGCCAGAAAAGAGCCUCUGGUGCGGAUGGACAGUGUAACGGCAUCCGACCUUGACUUCAGCCCUACUUCCGCACCUUCGACUUCUUCCCUGGAGCAGGUCGAAGAGAACAAGUCCAGAGUUCAAGCUGUUCCUGCUAUUGAGGUCGAGUACGAGACUGCUUCUACUCCCAAAACCAAGCAAGUUCAGUCGACCGACAAGAUCAAAUCAUCUGCAGAGAAGCUCGAGUCCCAUUCUUCUACAACCUACAGCUUUUGUCGCUCGCUUCUCGAAGAGCUUAUAUCAAUCAUGUGGACGUACGUCGAUCCUGAUAAUGGACAGUCCGACACUCUUGAUACUGCAACUCUCCAGCAUGAGGAGAGACCAAUCACUUCAGAUAAAUCCCCUGGUCCACCACUUCGACCACCACCUUUUCCACCUCGUCAACCUCGCGGUCCACCCGGUCCACCAUUUCGACCACCACCUAUCCCACCACCUCAACCACCUCGUCAACCUCGCCGUCCACCACCACCUCCUUCCCCAAUCCCUCAACCAGAUCCUCCCUUCCCCAUUCCUGGUCCCCUUCCUCGUCGACCACCUCCAAUGCGUCCUCCUCCUCCUCGUGGGCCUCCAUUACCGCCGCCUCCUCGUGGGCCAAAAGCUCUAGUCCAGGACUCUGCUCAAAGCGUACCACUCCCGGCAGUCUCCCAGAAGAAACCAACAUCCCAAGAUCAAAGAAAAGGAACUAUUUCUACCGUCCAUGCACUGGGUACCUUCUCUGACCCACCUUCACAUGCUAGAAAAGCAUCCGAAGAUCUGGAAACAACUGCCUCGUUAUCGACCCUUACCGCCAAGAAAACUCCCAGUCUCCAAUCUAUCAAAAGUAAGGCCACACAACCAGAGAAAUUGUCAACCAAAUCUGAGAUAAAUUCAUCCAUGAGUGUUGACGCACCAACAAGCAGUAAAUCAACUCCACCGAAGCCUCCUUCUACAACUACAGCUUCCCCACCCCUUUCUCCAACCUCAGAUGUCGACACAAGAGCCUCUGUAUCUACCCCUCCUGCAAAGGGUUCCUCCAGUGCUGAAUCUACCAGAGGUAACGCCAAACCUCGAGAGAAACCUACAACCAAAACUGUGGAAGUGUCUUCCUCUAAGUCGGCCCAUGUCGUUGGUGCACCAUCCAAAGUUAGAUCAAGCCAAUCGACCCUUCCUACUUCUCCACCUAUUUCUCCAGCCUCAGAUGUCGACACAAGAGUCUCUGUAUCUACCCCUCCUACAAGGGGUUCCCCAAGUGCUGAAUCUUCUAAAGGUAAUGCCAAACCUCGAGAGAAACCUACAACCAAAACUGUGGAAGUGUCAUCCUCUAAGUCUGCCCAUGUUGUUGGUGCACCAUCCAAGGUUAGACCAACCCAAUCAAAAGUUCCUACAUCCUCCAGCCCAGGUACGCCAGUUCCAUCUUCAUCCUUGGACAUGCACCCCAGAGCGGCGAUAACAACCCCUCCUUCAAUGGCACCAAGUCACAUGUCUUCAAAAGGUCAGACUAAACCUCCAGGGAGUUCGACGACCAAAUCUGGGACGGUUCCAUCCUCCGAGUUGCCCGAGUCUGUUGAAGGACCACCAAAAGUUGAAUCAAGCCAACGAGAACUUUCUCUGCAAGUUUUGCCCCUCCCUCCUUCAACAUCGGACCUCGACCCAAGAGGUUCGUUAUCCAUGCCUUCUAGUAAGAAAACGACCACCCCCGAAUCUUUCAAAGGUAAAGCGGGAGUUCCAGAGAGAUCGGGAAGCCAGUCUAGGCAGCCUUCGUCCACUGGUGAGAGCGUUCUUCCACAGACAUAUACAGACAGGUCUGGUUCAGUUUUCUCCUCGAACCCCUCCACUAGCCAAAAACAAUCAAGAACUAGACCAAGCCAACCAGAACUCAAGUCUUCAUCUCCUCCAACUUUGCCUGUUUCUAGUCCAUCUUUGAAAAUUGGAAAAACAGGCUCGCUAUCAACACUUUCCACGAAGAAAACCAUGAUCCCUGUCCCUGUUCAAGGCAAGAUCAAUGUCCAGGAGAGGUCCACAAGCAAGGCAGGGCAGGGUUCAUCCUUCAUAAGUCCCGGCAUCACUGGAGCACAGAACUUGCCUACCCUGCCAGUUUCUUGCUCUAAAACAACCGUCUCAUCAUCUCCUACUUCCAUCAGGACUAAACCUAGUUCUGAGGUUACAACCGAUAAGCUGAAAACACCAGAGAGUUCCUCCGGCCAGAGUAGGAUGGGUUCCACCGUUAAACGCCCAACAAGUAGAGAAGCAAAACUCCGAUCCAGUUCAACCCAACCAGAACUUCCUUCCGUGUCUCCGGCCACUGGGACACCUACCAACAUUCCAGGCUUGGACGUCGUCCCCAGAGUUAGUCUACCGACUCCUCCCAGCAAGAUACCAUCACAUUCAGAAUCAAGUCAGGGAAGUGCUAAUUCUACGAGCAUGAUUGAGCAAAGAUCAUCUGACGAAUCUUCAACCGGAAUGAGUACAACAUCCAGUUCUAUAACAAGUCAACGGGAACCUUCGCUGCUCUCUUUUCCAGGCUCGGAUCCAGUUAUAGGAAUCUCAAAAUCAACUCCUCCAACGAACAAAAGUUGGAGCAACGUAGCCCCACAAGAAAAGACUGAGGUUGCGAAGAGUUCUGAAAGCAAGUCCGGGGCGUCUACAACCUUUUCAACAUCCCCAGUUUCUACAGCACCAUUCAAAAGAGGACCGGGCCAACCAGUAUUUCCUCCUCUACCUCCACUAGAGACGAUAGUGGAGUCGCCUACACCUCUAUCGUCUACGUCUAGUCCUGCCUCAGGGGCAGGAUCCUCCGACGAGAAUUCUCCUGCAUCGCAAGCAACCAGGACUAAGCGACAUAAAAGUUGA